AUGGCUGGAGUGCAGUGUAAAGGGUCAGAGUCCACACUGAAGAAGUGUAGAUCAAAUGGUGAAGCGAUUCCACACUGUAGUCACAGUGCUGAUGCUGGAGUCAUCUGCUCAGGAUACACAGACUUCAGGCUAGUGAAUGGUCCUGAUUCCUGCUCUGGUCGAGUGGAGCUGCAGUACUUCACUGAGUGGGGAACAGUGUGUGAUGCAUCGUGGGACAUCAGAGCCUCCAACGUCCUCUGUCGACAGCUGAAUUGUGGGAGUGCCGUGGCUGUAGUGGGGGUGGACUGGUUUGGGGAGGGCAGUGACCCAGUUCCUCUGUGUCUGCUGAUGGUGGAUGGGUCCCUCAGACUGGUGGGUUCUGGGAGUGAGUGUGCAGGGCGUCUGGAGGUUUUCCACAAAGGCUCAUGGGGAACAGUGUGUGAUGACUUCUGGGAUAUGAAGGACGCCCAGGUGGUGUGCAGACAGCUCCAGUGUGGAGAGGCCCUCAGUGGACCGGUUCCAGCCUGGUUUGGUCCUGGAACUGGACCCAUUUGGUUGGAUAAGGUGGAAUGCGUGGGGAACGAGACGUCCCUGUGGAGCUGUCCGUCAGAGGGAUGGGGCCGACAUGACUGCGGACACAAGGAGGACGUGGGAGUGCUGUGUUCAGAGUUUAAAGAGAUCAGACUGACUGAAGGCUGCUCUGGGAACCUGGAGGUUUUUUACAAUGGAACCUGGGGUAAUAUCUGCUAUAACCAGAUGGACUCAGACACAGUGUCUUUAAUCUGUCAAGAGCUGAACUGUGGAAAGAGUGGCAGUGUGGACUCCAGCACACCAAGACUGGCUUCAGCUCCAAACUGGCUUGACAGUGUACAAUGCCGCAAACACGACAUCAGUCUGUGGAACUGUCCGUCUUCACCCUGGGGUCCAAAUGACUGUAAUUAUGAUGAAGUGGCAAACAUUACCUGUUCAGGUAAAUGA